AUGAGCAAAAUACACACCCCGUGGCCCCUGGAAAUUCCAGACGACUCUCCGUUUUCUAUGGCAAAUAUUCCCUUUGGAAUAUUUAGUACAAAGUCUAAUACCGAACGCCGCGCUGGUGCUGCAAUUGGCACUUUGGUCAUUGAUCUCUCCGUUCUCGAGACACACGGAUUUUUUGCCGACUGUCUUUUAACCAAGUUCAACAAUGUUUUUAACCAAUCCACCCUGAAUAAUUUCGCUUCUCUGCCAUUAGAGAAUCGCUCGGCCAUUCGAAAAAGGAUUAUCAACUUGCUGGACGAUAGAACAUCCGCCAUCUUCAACAAUCUUGCUAUCAAUUCCGAGGCAAUUUUACGAAUGAGCGACGCAACCUUGCAUUUACCAAUGCAAAUAGGUGGAUUUACGGACUUUAUGUGUUCCAGGACCCACAUAGAUAAUAGUACUCAAAUUGCAGGAAGAUCGGCAAAUCCGCAAACUUUUGCACAGCCUAUGGCAUACAAUGGGCGAGCCUCGUCAAUUGUAGUGAGCGGAACACCGAUACACCGUCCCUGUGGAAUGAUUCCAGCUCCAGGUGGUCAAGGUCUAGUUUUUGGGCCGUGUGAGAAGAUGGACUUCGAAUUGGAGCUAGGAUUCUUCGUCUCAAAACCGAUUCCCUUUGGACAUCGUAUCAAGACCGCUGACGAGGCUCGAGAACAUAUUUUUGGAUUUAUUCUGCUCAACGACUGGUCUGCUAGAGAUAUACAACUCGCGGAGAUGUUUCCAUUAGGACCUUUUAAUGGGAAAGGCUCUGGGACUAGCAUUAGCCCAUGGGUUGUGACACUUGACGCCUUGGAGGCUGCACGAACAUGCACAUUGGAUGUUGGUGCCGCAACAGCGAUGGCUAACUUGCCUCAGCAUCUGAGGCACAUGACAGAUGAUUAUACCUGGGAUAUCUUAGUCGAAUCGUCAUUGAAACGUGUAGGCAUUGACAAGACAUUCAAGAUAGGGCGCUCUAGUUUGCGAGAUUCGUACUGGUCACCAGGACAGAUGUUAUCAUAUCACGCUUCGUCUGGAUGCGGCUUUCGGACAGGAGAUCUUCUUGGGACAGGUACUCUCUCCUCGCCCGGCCACUCUGUAGAAACGCCCUCUUUGGCGUGUCUACUUGAGCUGACGGAAGGCGGGACCAAGCCCUUUGUCUUUGGGGAAAAUUCUCUGACAUGGAUAGAGGAUGGAGAUGAAGUCGUGUUUGAAGGAUGGGCAAUGACACGAGAUGGUCACAGAAUUGGUUUUGGCGAACUAAGAGGUACAUUGUUACCCAGCCUACCUUAG